AUGAAUAAAUUUACUUUAAAAUUCGAUGAUGACAUCCUGGAAGAAUAAUAUUAAAAUGUUAAACUGGCAAAAAUAAGAAAACCAAUAUAUAUAGGAUUGUUAGCUCUAUGCUUUUGCAUGAUCGGUGCAAAUGCUAUACUAAAUUUGUUUACUUCAUAAUAGUCUCUUUUAAAAAAAUAUAUCAAUUAUUCAUACCUUAUUUUUAUGGUGUUCCAAGCUAUUCUAGUAUACAAAAAGCCUACUCUAAUAAAAUACUUAUUGAUUGUAUCAAAUAUUACCACAGGUUUGUUAUAAUUUAAUUUUAAUGAUUAGACAUCAGCCUAAAUAUACUAUGCAUAAAGCUCAUCAUUUACUUAACUAUAGGCAGUCGCGUACUUCAUUUCUGAUUUUCGAGACGGAGUAAUACAGGUUAUAGCCUUGUUGGUUAUGCGAUUGAUGAUUACCUCAAUAAAGAUCGAUGAUGUUGAUUUGCAGACGGUUUUAAUAGGGAUAGCUUCGACGUCAUUCAUUUUAAUCGCCUUGUAUGUUAAUGACCAGAACUCAAGAAAAGAAUUUCUGUCAAGUAUUUCAGAAGAUUUAUGGGAUCAUUCAUUGUCCUUCCUUAUUAAAAAACCACAUUUUAGGGUACAAUACAAUAAGGAAUAUAUGAAAAUUGAUUUAAUUUCCUAACAUCAAUUAUGUGAUUUCCCAGGGUAUGACGAAAAUUUGUGCGAAGGGUGUAAUUGUCGAUAAAUAUUACACUCGUAUCAAUACUAAUAAUCGACUUUAAGCGAAUUCGUUUUGGAGUAAGCAUAAACAAUUCAAAAUUCAAUUUAAGUCCAUUAUAAAAAUCAUUUAUUUCAUUUAAGAAUAGUGUGUGUUGGAAUUAAGAAUUUGAAUUUUAUUGUAAUUUUCGAAUAAAAAACUGCUGAUGGUUAUGGAUAGAUAGUCCCAACAAAAAUGCGAAAUGUAAUUUUUCAAUAAAUUAAAUCAUAAUAAUAAAGAUCAAUUUAUUAAAUUUUUUUUAAUUAAGGAUUAUUAUCUAUUUUAUUAAUUAAUUAGAUGUAAUUGAAAGAAGUAGAAAUAACUCAAAUUUUUAAAAAGCUGAAUAAAUAAUAUAAAUAUUCGAUGAAACCUAUUAAAAUACUUCCGAAAGGUAUUAAAUUAAAACUAAAAACCUAUUCCUCCUAAUUGAAAGUAUUUUUAAUUCAAAUUUUCCAAAUCUUUGACUAAGUAUCCCAUAAAAGGAUCACUAUAUCAUUUCAAGACAUAGAAGAUUGUAUUCUGAUGCAGAUUUAAUUUAAAUAGAACCUAGAGAAAAAUAUCAACCUCUUAUUUCUAAACCUAUAUAGUUAAAACAUAUUUAUUCAAAAAAUAAAGCCACUCUUGCUAUUUAAUGAAUUAAAUAUUGAUCUGCAAAUACAGUUCAAAAAACACAUAAAGUACUAACUAAUUUGA